AUGUGUGGUAAAUGUCGUCAACAUGGCUUUGAAGUCAAGUACAAGAACCAUCCAAGUUCAUGUCCCUUUGCUGAAUGUCCAUGUAGUAAAGUAAGUUUAUAUUCAACUCAAUUUUUUACCUUACCCCUGCCCUUUUAUACACAUCCAGACCCAACUUUAACAUAAGUUGCCGUUCUACAAAGUACAUAGUUUUGUUAUAGUAGAUAAUCCCUAUAUUUGUAGUGCCUAUACGUAGACAACUACCGUAAGCGGAUCCGUGAGACGAUUCGCCGGCUCAAAAUUCAAAAAGUUUUGAAAAAUAAAGCUUUGAAGGCGGCUGAAGCUAGGAACAACAACAUUAUGUGCUUGAACUUGCCAUCUACAUCUACUACAAUAUCGGUUAACCCACAAGCUUUAAGCAGUAGUAUGUAUAGCAACGUACCACAUGUUUCUAGUACUAUUUUCAACACAGUACCUUCUACAUCAACAUCAAUUUUAAAGGGUACUGACAAUCAAAUAAUAAACUCCAAUAUCCUGGGUCAAACACAAAGUGUUAUAUCAUCAAAUGUUUUAGCUAACUACUUGCAAAACUACAGUAAUCCAGCUACCGUAUUAAGUCAACACUCGUUCUCUACCACACCUAAUACUCAACUAGCAAAUGACAGUUUGAGUAGUAGUCCAUCUGGCUCUUGUGGUACUGUAACACCAAUUAUGAAUGUAUCCCCAUACUCCUCUGACUCAAACAACCUUGCCAGACAACUCAAUUCAAAUGUAAACUUAUUACCUACAGGUCAGAAUAUUGCUUUUUUAAAGCCAAAUAAUCAACUUUGUAUUGUACCACUGUUCUUGUGUGAUCUCCAAUGA